AUGAUCCAUUUUAAUGCUGUAAAAACAUUUGCUGCACUGGAAGAAAUUUUGUCAAGGACCAGAGGAUUGUUUGAGUUCUUUGAUAAAGUAGAGGACAGAGAUGAAAGUUUUGAAGAUGCUUUAAUCGAAGCUCUGAGGUCAUUACAAUUAAUCAUUAAUAUUGGUGCCAAUUAUUACAAAGCUUACACGGAUAAAACAAUGCACAUUUGUUGUCAAGUAUUAGAAAAAUGUGGACUAGUUCAUAUUGAGUUGAUGGCCAGCAAAACGCUAAAAAGCCUGAUUACAACUGUUGAAAUUUCAUCAGAUAAAUUUUGUGAGAUUCUUCAUCAUUCUGAAGAUAUUAGAUAUUUUAUUGCCAUUGGUGCAAUUGCCAAGCAGUAUCCACAAGUCAUAAAAAAUCAGUCAGACUCUUUAAACACUGGUUUUGUUUAUUGUGAAACUCUAUUCACAAAACUAUUAAACUUUUUAGAAUGCGAGUGUCAAAAAAACACUAAGGAAAUAAAGAACGAAAAUAUCCACAUAUUUUUAGAAAGUUUUUCUGAUUUAAUGAAACACUUUCGUCCAUCAUCUGAAGAGUACUUCAAAGAUUUGCUUCGAUUAUUUUAUAAACUUUGCACCGAACAUCAAGCUGAAGAAGUUAUUAACGGGGUAGUUCGUGUUGUAAUUUCAUACAUGCAAUUUUUUUCUGUUUUUUUAUAUGCAGACUACAUAAGAUGGCACAAUAUCUUUAGAAAAAAUUAUAAAGAAAAAUCCAAUUAUUUUUGGAUAAAUGUUCUGCAGACAUUUUACAAAUACAUGUCUUUGCACAUGUCGCAAGAAGACAAGCCUAAUCUUAAAGUAAGUAUUAUAUUUAUUAUUCACCUGGAUUGA